AUGGCAUUAGAAUGGGUAGUAGUUGCCUAUACUGCUGGUGCAGAAGCCAUAAUGCUCCUUCUCUUGACCCUUCCAGGCUUAAACCCUUUACGCAAUGGGCUUUUGUCUGUAACCAAAAACCUCCUUAAACCCUUCUUAUCAAUAUUACCGUUUUGCGUCUUCUUGCUUAUGGACAUCUACUGGAAAAUUGAAACGAUGCCCUCUUGUAAGACCCUCAAUUCCUGCUCUCCAUCGGAGACUUUGCGCCACCAAAAGUCCACCAUUAAGAGCCAACGUAACGCGCUUUUAAUUGCAGCAGCGUUGGUCUUUUACUGGCUCUUGUAUUCUGUAACCAACCUUAUCGCUCGAGUCGAUCAGUUGCGGUCUCAGAUCAAAAAGCUCACAAAAAAUGAUUGA